UGUAACAAGCGGUACGCGUAGGCACAAUCGAUCUUUCGAUAAUCCGAAUCUAGUGACGUCCCACCCAUCUUUCCGGCAUGCAAGGUGCGACGACCGUCUCCGCCAGGAUGUGGACAAGCAGCGUAACAGGGCCUCGACAGCAUAAAAGGGCGCUAGGGGUGUCGCCAUCGCCUGCCACCCCAACACGCUUUGCCUUCCUCCUCUUACAAGUCCCGUCCACCGCUGCACAACCAUAUCAACCCGAAUAUGACCGAAAUCAACAAAGCCUGCUGCUCCCUCCCCCCGGUAAAAUCGGCCUACAAGCCCGUCGGCACCACCACAACCAUCGCAGGGCUCGAAUGCUACGUCACCGGUCCCCAGACUGCCGACAAGGCCCUCAUUGCCGUGUAUGACAUCUUCGGCAUGAACUUCUCACAAGUCAAGCAGGGUGCGGAUCUGCUCGGCACUCAGGGUUACAAGGUCGUCAUCCCAGACUUCUUCCGUGGUCAGCCCUUCCCGGACGAUACGUUCCCGGCAUUUGACUCUCCAAUGAAAUCUUUGGCCACGAUGACCGCUGAGACGAAGAGCGCAUUAAUGGCUUUCAUGGGGAGCAGUGCCAACUUUGCGACCCGCCAGCCAGACCUCCUCGCCGUGGUGGAGCACCUCCGCAACACUGAGAGCAUCGCCAACAUUGGCGCCUAUGGUCUCUGCUGGGGCGGUAAGCUCGUCAUCCUGACCGCAUCGCAAAACCCAACGGCCUUCAGCGCCAUCGCCCAGGUCCACCCUGCGCGUAUGGAACCCGAAGACGCCGAAGGUCUAACCAUUCCCCUUGCCUCAUACAUCUCCGAUGACGAGUCCGUGGACGCUCAGAAGCAAUUGGAGGAGAUUAUGAGCAGAAAGAAGUUUGACAACAAACUGAACGACUUCAAGCACUUUGUUGGCAUGCAUCACGGGUUUGCAGGAUCCCGAGCAGACCUCUCGAACGAGGUCGGUGCUGAGAACUUCCAGGACGUGUAUAACCGUUUGGCCUCCUUCUUUGCUCGGGCCUUGUAGAUAUCGACUUAGGAGCGUUUUAGACGAGGACAGUUCGCUUAUAGAACCUGCGCAUAUACCACUUGAGCUGCUUGUUGCAUACAACUGACACGCACCCGUUGUCAUCAUAACACAUGUAUAUAAUGCCGUGCAAUACCCUUUCACUUUCCCGAAAGCCGCUAAACAUUGGCCUCAAUUCGCAUCUUACGAGUCUUGUUUUCAC